AUGGCGCCCGCAUCUGUUAGACGACCGCCUUACAAGGACUUCCUCCAGCCUGCCCUCCAUCGCCGUUUUAGUACCACGGCCUUGAUUCUGCUCGCUAUCGCAUAUGUGUAUGCCAUUGGCUUGGCCAGAUGGAACUCUUUCCUCUGGUCUUGGUUCCCCAUCGGCCCAACUGGUAUCCGCGCCGCCUUCCUCUGGUUCUCCGGCUCGCUCAUCCUCAUUCUGCGCAUCGCACAAUACCAUCCCGGCUACCGAACAUCCGACUCGGCGUACGAUACCUUCCUUAAGCAUUACCGCAACUUCUCAACCUUGGAGACGAUCGUGACGUAUGCCUUCUCAGCCUGGCUCUUUGCCCAAGUUUACAUCUUCUCGCAGUCCAAGGACUCUGGUUUGGAAUGGGUUACCUACCUCUCAUACGAUAGACAGAGGCUGAACGAGAAGGCUGUCGCGUUCACCACCCAUUUCGCGAUCCUCGGCGCCUACCAGGCCAUCAGACAUCUGUAUCUGGACAACGACCGGCUCUUCUUGGGCGUUGCCAAGCCUUCAGAGGGUGCCGUCCAAAACAGCAGCAGCGAUGUCGGUACGCUCAUGAAGAAGUUCUGGGGCGAGAUGCCCAAGAUCUUUGCGGAGUCAUUGAACCAGACGCUUGCCAGCGGGAUCUUGACUUUGGUCAUCUACCCGUUCUUUCUGCGCAAGGCCGUCUGGCGGCUGUCGCUCUUCUUCUUCCGCCCAUUCUUCAACCUUCCAAAGACAAAUUAUGUGCCGUAUUCGUGGCCCAUCUCCUUUAGCAGCUUCGUCUCGAUGGCCUUGGCUAGCUUCAUGCUCCUGAUCGUUUGGAUUGCUGGUAACACUGCGUUUACCAUGUUCAUGGUCAAGGAGCCGACCAAGAAUCAACGCCCUUUCACCACCGGAUCCAAGGAUCCCAAUGGCAGUCUCUUGAACGGACUCAAGCACAAGAAGUUGUUUUUCAAGUGCUUUGCCAUGUGGGAGUUGGCUCUCAUUGCCCGCGAUUUCCCGGAAAGGCGCAAGGCUAUCUACGAAGACCUCGACCGAAAGGACGGACCGGCGUGGUCUCAGGUCUACUCCAUUUGCCUCGACGUUUUGAAGAGCCUUGAGACGAACAUUGCCAACUAUGGAAAGGCUCCUCAGCCUGUCGCUGCUCCAGCGGCACAGCGUGUCGAGGAAAAGGUCCGAACCACAGCACCUCUGAAGGAGGAUCCGAUUUAUCUGGGAGGCCCUUCUAGGAGGAGAAACUUCCGGUCCGAGGUCGAGAAGGCGGUUACUCAGGUUGCUGUUGCUCCGGGUCAAGGAUCUCACCUCAGCCCGUUUGCGAAGAGGACCGUGGAUGCGGCCAAGCAUCAACUCCUCGAGGUCCAAAAGGCCGCCACUGGAACCGAUGAUACCGCCAGCCUCAUCAGGACUUGGGCUAUGAAGGGACUUCACAAGUGGGUGGGGAUUCCAUUCCGCCAGGAGUACCGGAGAAGGAUGCUCAAUGCGGUUCUCGGAGGCCCUUACGGCGAGCCUAGUCUCUUCAUCAACGCAGCCUACGCCCUUAGCAUGCUCACAAGCCACAGUCUGCAGGAGGACAAGUACGGCAACGUGCAGAGGGAUAUCGCGACGAUCAUCCGGACAUUGACGAAUGUGACCAAGAAGCUGGAGAGGUUCAAGGAAGGGUUCGAGGUUCACUGGACGGACAUUGAGGGCGUCAAGGAGUGCCCCGAGGUGGAUGCCAUUCUGGAGGCGUUGAGGGAAGCUUUGACCACGCUCAUUACUGAGUUUGGACCGUAUGCGCGGGAUUUGAGGCUGACGUUGACGGAUAUGCGCUUGGCCAGGGAGGCUGCGAACUUUCCGGAGCCGCAGCCUAGGAUGGACGAUCUGCUAGACCUUAACCAGUGGAAGAGGUGA